UUCGUUGACGACGGAUUAGCACGCGCCAUCGUCUCCGAUUUCUUGUUUUCCUCGUGUCUGCAAAAAACACCUAAAAGCCUUUACGCCUGCGCCCAGAUAAGACAAGUUACAAUGGGUGACGCAAGGGAUACGGAAGAUGAUCAGCAGCAGCAGCAAAAUUUGGACAAUGGCAACUCCCGAAAGGCACAAAUAGUCUCGGGUCUGAAUAGACCUUUUACGACAAAACCUUUGGGUGAACAACCCCGGGCAGUGCGUCGUCAGGCUGUGAUGUGUAUAUUGGCCAACAUUGGAGUAUUAUCCACGGGCAUGGUCCUAGCCAUUCCCACAGUGACCAUGAGCCAAUUGACGGAUGCGGAGGAAACAGUUCAUUUGACGCGGCAGCAGGCCUCAUGGUUUGCCUCGAUUAAUACACUUUCAUGUCCUUUGGGCGGACUUUUAUCGGGAUUCCUGCUGGACAGUGUUGGUCGUAAGAGAACUUUGUAUGUUCUCAAUAUCUUGGCCAUUACAGCUUGGACUCUCCUUGCGACAGCCAGUCAAACAAAUAUCGAGACCUUCCAUUGGCAAUUGAUGAUAUCGCGAUUUAUUUCAGGCAUUGGCAUGGGCUUGGCAAGUGCUCCGACUGGAGUCUAUGCAGCUGAGAUUAGUUUGCCCAAAAUACGAGGAAGUCUUAUCCUGGGCACUUCCAUUUCAGUGGCUGUUGGCAUUACCAUUCUCUAUACAAUUGGUUACUUCAUUAGGGAUGAUUAUCGUUUAAUAGCCAUGAUCUGUUGCGGUUAUCAAAUAGUCGCCCUGCUCUGUGUUCUACCCUUGCCGGAAACACCGAGUUGGUUGCUGUCCAAGAAGCGUGUGGCUGAGGCUAAAAAGUCCUUGAACUAUUUCAGGGGUUUGGAUAAAUCAACUCACAUAACACAUCCUCAGGUGCUGGAAGAGUAUAAUAUACUCCAAAAGUCUCUCCAGUUGCGUGAUGGCGAGAAGAAACCCUCGUUUAUCAAGUGCCUACGCCUGCCCGAGGUUCAUAAGCCUCUGCUCAUUCUAAUGGGUCUGUUUGCCUUCCAGCAAUUGACUGGCAUUUUCGUGGUCAUUGUUUAUGCCGUGCAAAUCUCCACCGAAGCUGGCGUCUCAAUUGAUCCCUUUAUGUGUGCCGUAUUGAUAGGAGCCGCCCGUGUUGCGGCCACUUGCCCCAUGGGUUAUAUCCUGGAGCUUUGGGGCAGGCGACGAGCUGGCAUUAUCUCGACUGUGGGCAUGGGCAUUUGCAUGUUCCUUCUGGCUGGACAGGGUUGGAGUGAAUUCCUGCACAAUGUACCCUAUCUCCCAGUGAUUUCCAUUGUUGGCUUCAUUAUACUCAGCACUUUGGGUCUCUAUACGCUGCCGUUCUUCAUGAUCUCCGAACUCUUUCCGCAAAAGGUGCGUGGUCCGGCAUCAGGUUUGACUGUAGCUGUUGGAAUGUUCUUUGCCUUUCUCUGCAUCAAAACGUAUCCGGAUCUCAAGUCCGGCAUUGGCAUGACAAAUUGUUUUGUCUUCUUUGGCAUCAUGUCCAUAUUGGCAAUGUUAUUCAUCUAUUGGGCUCUCCCAGAGACACGUGGACGCACACUACUCGAAAUCGAAGAACAAUUCCGUACGGGCAAACGUACAAGAAGUCCGGCAGAUGUCGAACUACAAGAGGUCUUCAUGAAGAGGGAGGAACAGUGAGAGAGAGAGCGAGAUAAUUUAUUAGCUAACACGAGUGCUUAGUGCUGUGAUAAAAACAAUAUCAAAUAUAACAAAUUUUUAAUAGGUUCACCCGCCCCCCAAUCUAAUUCUAAUUCAAAGUCACACCUCAAAAAGUGACAAAAAGUAUAAAAACUAGGCAAAUAAAAUAAAUUCUUUCAAUUGUGCUCA